CUAGGAAGCCGCUUCAGGGGUCCGAUGCUGCCGGUGCGCCUUCUCUUCUUCGUCGCCACGGCGGCUGGCCUGCGACUCACGCCGCCCUCGAUGAGCAGCUUAGUACCGCGGGCGGGCGGGCGGUUGCUCGUCGUUGGCGGCAAUGGCUACGCCGGGCGCGAGAUCUGCCGCAACGCUGUGAGCGCUGGCUUCAAGGUCACGUCCCUCUCGCGACGCGGCCAGAAUCCGCUGCCGAACGACCCGCUGCUGACAGAGGUCGAGUGGACGGCGGGCAACGCGCUCGACCAGGCGACGCUCAAUGCGGCGGUCGGAAAGGCGGACGCUGUCGUGCACGCGAUUGGGCUGCUCUUUGAUGCGCAGAGUGGCCUUGCUCCGCUCAAUAACGUAGUCUCGGGGUCCAAGGCAGCCGUCGACCCCGAGGAGUCGACAUACGACAACAUCACGCGGCGCACUGCUCUCAACAUCCUCCGCGCGCUCAAGUCGAAGGUGUCGCUGCCGCCGGCGCUCGGAGGCACCCCGACGCCCUUCGUCUUUGUCUCGUGCGCCGAGGCGGGGUGGGUGGACGGCUGGACCGAAGGCGUGCGCUUCGGCGAGACCGUCGACGCGGCGGCCCCCGAGUGGCUGCAGCGCUAUUUGGCGGCCAAGCGAGCCGUCGAGGCGGAGCUGCAGAGCUCUGCCGGCCAAGUGCGGCCGAUUGUGCUUCGGCCGUCUCUCAUCUGGUCAUGGGACAAGCUGGAUGUGCUCCCGGCGAUCCCGAUCUUCAACCUGGCCAGCGCGAUCGGCGUGCCCUUUGUCGACAAGACGGUGAGGGUGGAGACGCUCGGCAAGGCUGCCGUCUCCGGGCUGCUCGACCCGAGUGUGUCAGGCGUGCAGCGCGUCGAGCGGAUGGAGGAGCUCGCGUCGGCCCUCUGAGGGCCAUGGCCUGGCCAGGAGGGGCUUUCAGCAUGCGAAGUCGGUUACAGGACAAUAUGGCGUCGUCUAUCGCUGAGCUCACGGCGCAGGCCAAGGUGGCACACGAGGCCAACCCCGACAACCUGUGCGCAAAGACGCUGCUCGAGGCCGAGGUGCAGUCGUGGAUGGCGACGCUGCCCGCAGCCAAGCUCGACGAGCUUGCCCUGUGCGCAAAGUCGGGCCUCGACAACCACGACUCGGGCCUCGGCUGCUACGCCGUCGACCCUACCAACUACGACGACCUCGCGCCCUUCUUUGACCGCGUCUGCGAGGGCUACCACCACGGCGGCGGCAAGGUCCACAAGACGGACUGGUCGCUCGAAGGCGUCGAGGGCCUCCCGGCUGACGGUCAGCUCGACCUGCAGAAGCUCGGGCUGGGCAAGGAACUCUCGAUGCGCGUGCGCGUCGGGCGCAACCUGACCGCCUUCCCGCUGCCGGGCCUGAUGACAAAGGCGGACCGCGUCAACUUUGAGAAGACGAUGCUCAAGGCCUUCGACGUGCUCAAGGCCAACCCAGCUUACGGCGGCAACGUGUACAGCAUGACGCCCAACGAUGUGUGGAAGGAGGUGACAGGCGAUGCGGAGAACCCGAACCUCAUCUCGGCGGACAAGUACAAGGAACUUGUGGCCGCGCACGUGAUGUUCAAAGACAUGGCCGCCGACCCAUACCUCGCCUCGGCCGGCAUCGCGUCGGACUGGCCGUGCGGGCGGGGCUGCUACCAAUCGGCCGACGGCGGCUUCAUCAUCUGGUUCGGCGAGGAGGACCAGCUGCGCAUCAUGUGCAUGGCCAAGGGCUUCGUGCUCAACUCUGUCUUUGACCGGCUGCAUACUGCGCUCCAGGCCGUCGAGGCGAUCGACGGCAUCGCUUUCGCCACGUCGAGCAAGUACGGCUACGUGACGUCGUGCCCGUCCAACUUGGGCACGGGCAUGCGUGCCUCCGUCCACGUCGCGGUGCCCAACCUGACCAAGGACGGCACCGACGCCAAGGCCAAGGCGGCCGCCAAGCCCCUCGGCCUCUCGGUGCGUGGCAUGGGAGGGGAGCACACGCCGAUCGGCAAGGACGGCACGAUCGACCUGUCGCCGAGCAGCCGGCUCUUCAUCACCGAGGCUGAGAUCGUGACAAAGCUGUACAAUGGCAUCAAGCUGCUGCUGGAGAAGGAGGCGGAGGCCGCGUGA